UCUUGAAGGCUCUGAAUGGGUGUGCUCUCUGGCUGCAGGGUGGACUACAACUCCCACCAUGGCCAGGGAGCCAUGUCCGGGGGUCUCUUCUCCUCCUCGGUGGGGCGCCUGUGCGAGGCGGAGGAGGCGAGGGCAGCCUGUCACCCGCUGGUCUGCUUCCUCUGCCGCCAGCCCUACGCCCAGCCCUGCCUGCUUGACUGCUACCACCACUUCUGCGCCAACUGCCUCCGCGGGCGGGCCAUCGCCGGGCGCCUCCCCUGCCCUCUUUGCGGGUGA